AUGUUUUAUCGCAAAAAGAACCAAGAAAAGAUGUCUAAACUAACUUUACCCUGUUUAAUAUUAUAUGAUACUCCAUCUCUGGUCAUUCUACCAGGUGUAAGAUAUGAUAUAACAUUUAAUAAAACAGAUAGUGAUAAUAUCAUUGAGUAUUUUAAGAAGAACUCCAAACAGAAUCUAAAUGCUUUUAAAGAAAUCGAAUCCAACCUGAAUCCCAACAAUGCUACACCUGCUUCAACACUGGUGUCUACAAAAUUUAAUGAAGUUGUUCAUAAACCUACUGUUACGACAUAUCCAAAUUAUUUACUUUUAAGUAAAUACAUUUGUUUAAUACCUGAAGAAAGCACUGAUUACACUAUUGGUUGUAUCUGUAAAAUCUAUAGUGUAAUUACUGAACAUCCUGAUUCCUACAUAAUAUCCUUUAAAGCCUUGACUAGAGGCAGUGUAGCAACACCAAACUAUAAUUCUGAAAGGAAAAUAUGGGAAUCUAAACUUAUCAUACCCAGCGAUUGGGAUAAAUUAAAUAUGCUACAAAGAGAACAAAUAAGGUUAGGAACAAUAAAAAUUAUGGAAUGUGUUGAAAAGGUACAAUCAUAUAUUUCAGAUUUUAACAACAGAUACAAAAAAGCGCUUAAAUCUACCUCCACAGAGCAUAUGCUUUUGUUGACUCCAUUAUCAAAUACCUUGUAUUUCCAGUUAAAUAAAGAACAAUUUAAGUUUUCAUGGGGAUUAAUCUUUAAUGAAUAUCAAACAUUGAAAAAUGCAUGUUCAAAGGAUGUGCCAAUAGAAGUCUCGUUUAAGUUUCUAAAAUUAUUAGAUUUUAUAGUCACUAUCCUUCCAACUACACCUUUACAGAAAUUAAAAUUUCUAUCUGCACUGGAUUUAAAUAGUCGUGUUGAAUUAUUUUUUAAAAUAAUAUGCGAUUUUAAUCAAAUGUUUGAUCAAUUAUUUUUUUCUCUGCAGUAUAUUAAUAGAUAUUAUAAUAAUGCAUCUACUUUGGAAAAGGCUCAUCUUAUUGCAAAUCAAUUAAGAUCAUUGAAAGUAUUUAUCCAAGACGUUAAAAAUUCAAAUAGAAAGAAAAUUAAUACAUACAAACCAAUUACACCGGCUUCAAAUGAUGCUAUGAAAAAUGCACACUUCAAGGAAAGAAGAAAUAUUGAUCAUAAUACCAAUGAAAAGUCCAGUGAGGAUUCUACACAUGACAGCCAAGAAGAUGAAAAUAUUGAGGAAAGUGAAGAAAAAUAUGAAGAUACCAACGAGACCUCACAAAUCAAAAAAUUUAUUUAUUCGAUGAAACGUUUAGGUGUACAUAAAGAUGGUCAGAAAAUGCUAAAGAAAGAUUUCAAAAGACUUUCUAAUAUGUCACACACAAGUGCUGAAUAUCAAGUGAUUCGAAAUUACUUCGAUAUUAUUUUAGAUAUCCCUUUCAAUACAUAUUCAAAGCAGGUAAAGAUAGAUAUUUUAGAUUCAAAGGGACAAUUAGACAAGAAUCAUUUUGGUUUAUAUUCGGUAAAGAAGAGACUAUUAGAAUAUUUAUGUGUAUUAAAACUAAAUGCACAAUUAGGUGAUAAGGGAAGACCACCUAUUAUUUUGUUAGUAGGACCACCUGGAGUAGGAAAAACAUCAAUAGCAAAAUCAGUGGCUACCGUAUUGAAUAAGAAUUAUCAAAAAAUUUCACUAGGGGGUGUGUGUGAUGAAUCCGAUUUACGAGGACAUAGAAGAACUUAUGUUGGAUCUAUGUGUGGUAAUAUCGUUAAUUCAUUAAGAAAAAGUAGGACAAUGAAUCCUUUAAUUCUUUUGGAUGAAAUUGAUAAAAUAGCAAGUACCAUGAACAACAACGGAGGAACUAGUACUCGUGGUGGUGGUCACGGCGAUCCUGCUGCCGCCUUAUUAGAAAUUUUGGACCCAGAACAAAAUUCUUUGUUUACAGACCACUAUAUUGGAUUUCCUAUUGACCUUUCCCAAGUAUUAUUUAUCUGUACAGCCAACGAUAUUUCGUCGCUUCCAAGACCUCUAUUAGACCGUAUGGAAGUUAUCACUGUAUCUGGAUAUACGUUAGAAGAAAAAAUUCAAAUUGCAGACAAGUUUUUAUUACCAAAACAGAUUAAAUUAAAUGGGUUAGACAAAUGUGAAAAUGGUACAUUCAAAGUCGACUAUCGAACAUGGGAAUCAAUCAUUAACGAGUAUACAAGAGAAGCUGGUGUUCGUGAAUUAGAGAGAAAAAUAUCAAAAAUCGUUAGAGGGAAAGUAGUGGAAUUUGUGGAAAAUGGAAAUAAAUUUCCUGUUGAUAAUGGAAUCAAAUCAAAUCAAAUAGUUAAAUAUUUAGGUUUCCCAUUACAUCCAAUUACAAAAGAGUUAUUAUCUAGUAUGCCAUAUUUUCCAAAUUAUGGGACAGUUAAUGGUUUAUCAUAUAAUUCAGAUGGUAGUGGAGGCGUAUUAGUCUUUGAAAUCAUUCAAAUUGGUGAAGAUAAAUCAAUGGAUGGACCAAAAAUGAAAUCAACAGGUAAUCUCGGCACCACUUUACAAGAAUCAAUAGAUAUUGGACUUAGUGUGGUAAAAUCUAUUUUAAAACGUACCUCAAUAACCUCAGUUAUAAACAUGGAUGUAUAUAACCAGUUUGUACGUAAAAAGUUUCAUUUGCAUGUCCCUAUGGGAGGUGUAUCAAAAGAUGGCCCUAGUGCAGGUGUUGCAAUCACUGUGGGGUUGACGUCUGUUGCAUUAAGAAGAACUAUAGAUCCUCUUCUAUGUAUGACUGGAGAAAUCACAUUACGUGGUAAGAUCUUACCCAUUGGUGGUGUAAAAGAAAAAUUGUUAGGUGCUAAAUUGUAUGGUAUGAAAAGAGUACUGAUUCCACAAGGAAAUCGUAACGAUGUUAUUGAAUGUGUUACAAAUUUUGAUGAAGAGUUGUUACCAAGCAGUCAAACAGAUGACUUAAAAAAAAUCGAUGAGCUGACGCUCAUUAAAGAGAAAUUUGGACUAGAGCUAAUGUAUAUCAAUGACAUAUAUGAUGCUCUCACAUUGGUGUGGCCCGACAUCCAAUUCAAGAAAUAUAGUAAAAGAGAAAAUUUUAUUGAGAACCACCAAAGGAGUUUACAGACCACCACAGAAUCUUCCAAUUCUAAAUUAAAAAAUAUGCAUCCAAAAAAUAUGCUAGACUCCAAACAGGCUGAGCCAAUGGUUGUUGCUAGUUGUUGUAAAUUAUAG